GAAGAUCGAGAAGAUGGAGCAAUUCCCUCAAUUCGACGUCGUAUCAGACUUCUCCGAUCACAAAUUUAUUAGCACUGCCACGUCCUAUCUGCCCCGGGCCGCAACCAGAGCCGUGAUGAAAGAGUGGAAAAUCCUUGAGAAAAAUCUCCCCGCGGGCUCGGUCUUCGUUCGGGCCUACGAUAGCCGGGUGGAUCUCCUCCGGGCCGCAAUCGUGGGCCCCCAGAAAACCCCUUACCACGACGGCCUCUUCUUCUUCGACUUCCAGUUCCCGCCCAACUACCCCGACGCGCCUCCCAAAGCCCACUACUGGUCCUUCGGGCGCUACCUGAACCCCAACCUGUACGAGAACGGGCUGGUUUGUCUCAGCCUUCUGAACACGUGGCGCGGCCCGAAAGAGACCCGGUGGCAGCCCGGAGUGUCCACCAUGCUCCAAGUCCUGGUCUCCAUUCAGGCCUUGGUCCUCAACCACGCGCCGCUCCACAACGAGCCCAUGCUGCUCGUCAAACUAUGGACCACCUCGUCGACGUACAACGACGCGGCGUUCGUGCUGUCGUGUCGGACGAUGUUGUCCCUGCUCCGCCGCCCGCCCAGGGGCUUCGGGCGGCUCUUGGAGCAUCACUUCCGUGCCCGGGCCCACGCCAUUUUGACAGCCUGUCAGGUUUACCUUAACGGCUUCGCUCGUGUCGGAGAUUACGAGUACGACGAACGCCGCCGCCGCCGCGCUCCUCGUCUCUUCGCCUCGGAAGAAGAAGAACAGCAACGGAGAGUUAGUGUAAAUUCAGAUUUCAAACGUUUGUUAAAAAUUGAGUACAAGGCGCUGGUUAUCGCAUUCUCCAAGUACGACCCUUCAUUGAAAGGGUUCUCCGAUGAGCUUGAACGGAUGGUGGAUGAUGCAGUGAAGAGCUCUAUUCCUCCUGGAAUUUUUUGCAGUUUGAGUUUGCUUUUCCGAAAAUGCUGGGAAUGGAUGGUAGGGUGGAGAGCAUGCAAUGUGGGCGCAAGCGUAAUGGAGAUAUGGAGAUUUAAAGCUGUUCCAUAUGUAAAGUUAAAGAGUACAGUUAAACCCUUCCAUUGA